UUAAAAAUGUUAAGUGAGGAAGUAGAAUAUCAGUGGAGCUCAAGAAAAGUCUACAUUAUGGUGCUUAUCUGUCAGUUCUUAGGAACGUCUAAUGUAAAUAGCAUACCAAGCAAUGCACUCCUGCAAGGAACAUUUGGGUACACCAUAUUUCUAACAGUUUUCUACAUAUUUAUGGGUAUACCUAUACUUUACAUGGAAUCUGUAGUUGGCCAGUUUACAACUCGAGACUGUGUCGAUGCUUGGAAGAUCCGUCCAUGUUUCUCUUAUAUUGGCUACAUGGUUGUGUUGUGGCAAGCGAUCAUUCUUAUUUUCAACCAUAUUGUUACGUCCUUCUUGAUACAUUACUUUUUAAUAAGCUUUGAGAGUCCAGUACCGUUUUAUACAUGUGGAUCAUGGAGCUCCAAAUUUUGUAACAGUCUGGUUACUAAUUACACUGUUAACCAAGAUUGUAUUAAAUAUCAAAAUUUAUUCCCUUACUGUGAUAAUCUUUACAAAACAUUCCCGGAAUAUGAAUAUUGGAGACAUAAUUUAGUGAGACCUGAUAACGCUGGCUAUAAGAUUGCUUGGAAAGUAUGCCUCGCAUCAGGUUUAAUCUGUUUCGUCGUGUAUAUUGGCUGUUUCAAAAGAUCCAAAUCGUUGAAGUGGUUGGUUGGUGGAUUUGCAGCUUAUCCAAUGCUGGCACUUAUGAUAUUAUUAAUAGGAUCAAUGCGACAAAAAGGAUUGGUGGUAAAAUUUGAGGAAGCGUUGGAUUUAGACUUUACUAACUUUAAAAAUAAAUUUCGUCUGUCAAACCUCAUCCAUCAAGUAGUAUUUAAUUUGAACAUUGGAACAGGAGUUAUAUUCACUUUGUCAUCAAGUACGUCAUUUCGAAACCCUUGCUUCUCAGACAUGGUAAUAGCAGUGGUUUUUUUUACAGUAUUUUCAAUUAUGUUUGUUUUCACUAUAGCAAUGAUGACCUGUCCCUAUGCCUUUGAAUACGGUGUCCAAACGUUGGCUAUAAUCAAAACUCCUAUGACACUAAAUUUCGAAAAGUUUCCCAGACUUUUAUAUCUAUAUGAAGACAAAACUUUUUAUCUAAUUAUUAUGUUUAGUUGUAACGCCACUUUAGGUAUUUGUACGAGUGUAAUGUUAUUUUUUAAUAUAAUCGAAGUAAUAUUAAAAAGAUGUCCUAAACUUCGGAUGUAUCCAGGUUUAACGACAUUUUGUUCUGUUGUGUUCAUGUUUAUAAUUACAAUUCCUUUUUUAAGUUAUAAUGGUGUCAACAUCGUUGCUAUGUGUUUCCGACGUUAUAUCAGUUUAUUCUCAACAUUUCUUGCUAUAUUAGAAUGUUUAGUAUUCCUAAUUUGGUAUGGUAUAAACAAAUUUGCCGAAGAUGUUCAUUUUAUGCUAGGUAUAAAACCAAAAAACUGUAUUAAAGUUUCAUGGAUAUUAUCCAUAAUUUUUUUGAUAUAUGCUUUUGGUACCGAGGUAUACUAUCAAAUGAUGACCGAGUCCAAUUUUAUUUAUGCUACUUAUGGACUUCUAUUCCUAGUAAGCAUUCUGAUUUUUAUUUUUGUUAUAAGGAUAUUGUAUGCUGUUUGUAAAAAUAAAGCAGUCAAAUAUUUAUCACUGGAUCCUUCGUGGGGUCCCACUAACGAUCUAUUGCAGAGAAGUAGAGCUAUGUUUUCCGCGCAAGCCAUGACCAAAGAAUACAUUUAUCGUCAAUACAGCCUUCAGGCUGGUAUCAUGGCAAGGCAAAAAAACGCUAACAAGAGAGUAUGUUAUCGAUAGACGGAACGAUUGACGUU